GAGGAAAUCCCACUGAACCUUUCCUCCACGAAGUUACCGCAGGUCGCGGAUAACACCUGAUGGCUACGGAGCCGGCUCACGUUCCCACCUUCACCCAGGGACCAGGAUGCUUCCCGGCCCCACGGAGACUGCAGUACCGGGGUGCUCACAGUCCGCCACCGCGGCCUCCGGGCCGUGCGCCCUCCCAGCAUCCCGCACGGGGAGGCCGUCUGUCCUGCAGGAAACAGGUGGGGUGGUGGGCAGGGCAAGCCCCCUCCCGCCACGUCCUCAUGUAGAUUGCUGCAUGUACCUACAUGCGAGCCGCCGCUCCCCCUGCACCUCGCCGGUAACUUUUUUUGCCAGGUUUAGCACCGCCCUCAGCCACCGAGGGACCACCCAGGGUUGUGGGCUUAGGGUGGCAAACUUUCUGCCCAGAUGGGCUAGGGUGGCAGAUUCGUCCUUCCUUUAUCUUCAGCAUCACGGCUGUAGCACCAUCCUCCCUCGGGCGCGCCACGCUGAGCGGGGGCGGCGCGGCGGAGCCCUGCGCUCGUUCCGGCAGCGAGCGCCGCUCCGUUUCGGCCCGCCCCGCACCGGAGAGAGGGCGACGGGCUCCGGCGGGCUCUGCUGCGGCUGCUGCUGCUGCUGUUGUCGCCGCUCCAAACGCUGGAAGAGAAGGAUGGAGCCGGGCAAGGAACCCCGAGUGACCACAGGGGAGAAGCCGAACGAACCAGAGCCGGCGACUUCCUUCCAGGCCCGACUGUGGAAGAACCUGCAGCUGGGGGGCAAGGGCCGGAGCGGCGGCGGGCGGGCAGCUGCCGAGCGCCGCACUGCGGAGCCCCUCGCCCCGCCGGCGGCGGCCGGCGGCAAGUGGAGCGGCUUCAAGCGGCGGCGGCAAGUGCUAGACCGCGUCUUUUCGUCCUCCCAGCCCAAUCUAUGCUGCUCGGCCGCCGAGCCGCUGGAGCCGGCCGGCGAGUCCGGCUCCGCCCUGCGCCGCCUGCGGGAGCACCUGCUUCCCCAAGGCAAGGGGCCGCCGCCCGGCCGCCGCCCGGAGCCCGCCGCCGGCUGUGAGGGGCCGGCGGGCGGCAGGGAGGGGCGCCGGCCCGGGGCGCACCUGUCCCACCAGAAGAGCUCCUCGCUGCCCAGCACCGCCUGCUUGGAGCAGCUGCUGCAGGGCUCGCCCACCGCCGGCAGGAUCCAGGACCAGCGGACGGAGGACGGCGACAGCAGCGCGAGAACAAAUCCAUUAGGAACUAGUAAUGCAGAUUUCCCCUCUGGGGACCCCGGAAUGUACCAGUUGGACGUUACUCUAAGAAGAGGACAGAAUCUGGCUGCACGGGACCGUGGAGGAACAAGUGAUCCAUAUGUCAAGUUCAAACUUGGAGGAAAAGAAGUAUUUAGAAGUAAAACAGUAUACAAGAAUCUUAAUCCUGUGUGGGAAGAAAAAGCUUACAUUCUUACAGAUAACCUAAGAGAACCAUUGUAUAUAAAGGUAUUUGAUUAUGACUUUGGACUUCAAGAUGACUUCAUUGGUUCGGCAUUUUUGGAUCUCACUUCAUUGGAAUUAAAUAGGCAAACAGAUGUUACCUUGAGUCUGAAGGAUCCUCAUUACCCUGACCAUGAUCUGGGAAGUAUAUUCCUGUCAAUUCUGUUGGCUCCAGGAGACCAGCGAGAAACGACAAUGCUAAUGAGGAAGAGUUGGAAAAGAUCAAGUAAGUUUCAGACCCAGAGCUUACGUCUCUCAGACCUGCACAGAAAGUCUCAGUUAUGGAGAGGGAUAGUUAGUGUUACCUUAAUAGAAGGUUGUGAACUUAAAGCAAUGGAUGCAAAUGGGCUCAGUGAUCCUUAUGUGAAGUUUCGUUUGGGGCAUCAGAAGUACAAAAGCAAGAUUGUUCCAAAAACUUUGAAUCCUCAGUGGAGGGAGCAGUUUGACUUUCAUCUGUAUGAUGAACGAGGUGGAAUUAUUGAUAUUACCGUGUGGGACAAAGAUGUUGGCAAAAAGGAUGAUUUCAUUGGCAGGUGCCAGAUUGACCUGUCAACCCUGAGUAAAGAGCAAACCCACAAGUUGGAAAUACCACUAGAGGAAGGAGAGGGAUACCUGGUGUUGCUGGUCACUCUCACAGCCUCAGCAGCAGUCACCAUCUCUGACCUCUCCAUCAACUCCCUGGAGGACCAGAAGGAGCGAGAGGAGAUACUGAAGAGAUAUAGUCCAAUGAUGAUGUUCCAUAACAUCAGCGAUGUGGGAUUUCUUCAGGUGAAGGUCAUCAGGGCAGAAGCAUUGAUGGCAGCUGAUGUCACAGGUAAAAGUGACCCAUUUUGUGUAGUUGAAUUGAACAAUGACAGACUGCUGACACAUACUGUCUACAGGAACCUCAAUCCAGAAUGGAACAAAAUCUUCACAUUCAAUAUAAAGGACAUCCACUCAGUGCUUGAAGUGACAGUUUACGACGAAGACCGCGAUCGAAGUGCUGACUUUCUAGGCAAAGUUGCUAUACCACUGCUGUCUAUUCAAAAUGGUGAACAGAAAGCCUACGUCUUGAAAAACAAGCAGCUGACAGGGCCAACAAAGGGGGUCAUCUAUCUUGAAAUAGAUGUGAUUUUUAAUGCUGUGAAAGCCAGCAUACGAACCUUAAUGCCCAAAGAACAGAAGUACAUUGAAGAGGAAGACAGACUGUCUAAACAGCUACUGUUAAGGAACUUCAUCCGGAUGAAGCAUUGUAUCAUGGCGCUCGUUACUGCUGUUUGCUAUAUUAGCAGUUGUUUUGACUGGGAUUCUCCACCAAGAAGUCUAGCUGCUUUUUUGCUUUUUCUUUUUGUGGUCUGGAACUUUGAGCUCUAUAUGAUACCACUGGCUUUGUUGUUGCUGCUGGCAUGGAACUACUUCUUGAUCAUAUCGGGAAAAGAUAACAGGCAACAUGAUACAGUAGUGGAGGACAUGCUAGAGGACGAGGAAGAAGAGGAUGACAGAGAUGACAAGGACAGUGAAAAGAAAGGAUUUAUGAAUAGACUCUAUGCCAUCCAGGAGGUGUGUGUCACUGUCCAGAAUAUCCUAGAUGAAAUUGCUUCCUUUGGUGAAAGGAUCAAGAAUACAUUCAACUGGACUGUUCCAUUCCUGAGCUGGCUGGCAAUUGUUGCCCUCUCUGUGUUCACAGUCCUCCUCUAUUUCAUUCCACUGAGAUACAUUGUCCUUGUCUGGGGCAUCAAUAAAUUUACAAAGAAGAUUCGAAAUCCAUAUGCAAUUGAUAACAAUGAGCUACUUGACUUUCUGUCCAGAGUCCCUUCUGAUGUGCAAGUGAUGCAAUACCAUGAACUGAAACAAGAUCCUACUCACAGCCCAAGCAAGAGAAAGAAAAACAAUCCUGCCUAG